UCGCCCCUGCUCAAAAUACCCAAGGAAGUUCUCGAGGAUAUCGCUCUCGAGGUUGUAUCCUCCGAUCUCCUGGGCCCCCCUUCGGCCCUCCUCCCAUUGUUGUCAUGUUGUAAGUACAUCAGUGAGGUCUGUCGAAGCAGCCAUUUCCUCGGUCGCGUCUUCAAGACCCGAUUCGAUACUCGCGCGAUCACCCGGCGCAUGGGUACCCAAGCUUUCGCUUCUUCGUAUCUCGCCAACCAGCUCCGAGUCUACUCCCUCGCUCUUAACACUAUUCGCCGUGCAGAUAUCCGCCACCCGGAAAUCCUACCUACUUUCUGGACGUGCCUUUUCAUGCUGCUCGAGAACGACGGUAAGAACCGUUAUCAGCUCGGCUGGGCUGGCCUCGAUAAUUUUGUCGACGAGUUCGUUCGAACGCGGCUCUAUGAAGGGAGCACCCAGCUCAAUGGCUGGCCCAGCGACAAUACCCUCAACUCUUUGGCACUUUGGUUAAUGUGGAUGACCACCACCUCAGAGAAACUCGAGUCCGAAUCUCCUCAGCGCCGGCACCAAAUAAUCCAACUCGUUCUUCCUUACGUAGUUUUACCUUUCCGCUACCCCACAGCCAUAGUGCCUCAUAAUCACUACAGUAUACCUCUGUCGGAAACUUUUAAUCAGCAAUUCCCUCGCUCCGUUUUAACAGCACACGGAAGCUACCCAUUAUAUCGCAACAAUACCGUACACACUUUUUCACAUUAUGACCGAGACGAUCUUAAAAUGGACACACCACUAAUCAGCAUAGCCGCAAAACUUUUGUAUUUCUCUCGCCGCGGGGUCGUCCCGCUAGGUGUCCCUCCUCACCUCCCUUACAACCGUGCUCACGCUCUCCAGCUCGGGUUUAACAUGGUAGGACCCACACAAGAAGAUAUUCACGAACUCAACGCACAUAAAUUCGCCAAACUCGUUCCGCGCAUGCAGUGGGACUGGAGAGCCGCUCUGACCGAUCGGCAACUCGCUCUCGACGAAGAAGGCUUUGACCAAUCUGCUUCCGUGCAGUGGGAGAACGAUUGGUCCAGAUUGACGGAAUGCAUCGACCCGUUCUCUCGCAUGUCGAUUCCCAGCACAAAGUACGCAUUUGGCCUCCUAGAUGGUUUAUGGCAAGGUCGUCUUCUGGUUCCUAACGAACCCGACUUUGUAGGCCUCAUUACUCAGCCUCAACGGCCUGCAAAUUUCAGCGAGAUGAACCCGCUUUUUAUUUCGUCGCCGGUUUAUAUGCGCCUUCGUGAGCAACACUGUAUUGACCCGCAGGAACCUGUUGCUUGCGGUGGAAAUGGUGAUAAUUUCGACGAUGGAUUAACGAACGCAUGGAUGCCGUUAUGCAAACUGCGCGAAGAACAGGGCAAGGUGAUGGUCGAGGACAAUCAAGGCAACGCGUCUACAUACGAACGAUAUGUUCCCGGUGAACCCAAUUCGCAUGACGAGGAUACAUGUGGUUCGUGUCAGUACCGCGGUACCUCGGACAUAGUAUAUCGAGGAAGGCCAGGGUCUCCGGAGUGCGACUACGAAGCAGAUUUCGAGAGCGUUGGCCUUGGUAGAAGAACUGAAGGAGAGGAUGAGGAUGAAGACGAAAUUAUGGAGGAUGUGGACGACGAUAUGGAAGGACUGAUGGAAUAUUGUGUAUCUGCCGAGUGCUCAGGGAUUCUGGAUAUUGUCCUGACGGGCGAGACUGACCUCAAUCAUAGUCGAGCUUGGAAUCCCUACAAAUUCUAUGGUAGGGUUCGUCUCUGGGAUGGACUGAUAGCCAUUGUGCGCGUUCCUGUUAAUAAUGGUGGUGAUCCAGACCGCCGGUUCGGACGUUGGAUUUUUACUGGUUAUGUCGUAGGAGGUCAAAAUUUUGUGGGCACCUGGCGGUCUGUCGGCUCUGAUGUUUCGGUAGGUGUGCCAACGUGGGAGUCGGCAUUCGUCAUGUCCCGUCGAGAAUAAGCUAUUUUAAAGCGAGCCUGAUGGACAAGUACCCCCCUUUCUCACUCUCUGUAAAGUAUCUAAAAAAUUCUGCUUGAACACUUGUUGUAUACAUUCUUGUUACUCCCGCAAUAUGUUCCCCAUUUCUGUACAUCUCAUCAUCUUUAGCAUUGCCAUGUUUUUUCUUCUAUUCAUUGCAUCGCCCGUCCAUAGUUUACUAGUACUUAUCUUGUUAACAUAGUGCCAUAUUUUCUGUUUUGUAUUGCAUGCCAGACCUAUCUGUAAUCAUUUCAUCAUUUUCUUACACGCAAUAACAUCGUGUCGCUCUCAUCCACUUGGUAUGCGUCGACAAUAUCGG